AUGGCGGACACAUACUCGCUUGUAUCAGUCCCUCAAAAGCGGAAGAUGGAACUAGAGGGACUUCCUUCUAAUGAUAGCAACACUGGAAAUGAUCUCAUGAAUAGCGAUGACCACCUAAUGACAGUAAAGCCACCCAAGUUACGCCGGAUACUGGCCAAAUAUUCAGAUGAAGACUCGCCCGCCCACUUCUCCUCAAAUAAUGUAGGGCCUUACUUCCUCGAAUCAGUGGCUGAGAGCCACUCGACCAUACAGUCGAUAGAGACAAUCAUAGAGCAUUACAGAAAGAUAUCAUUCCGCAUUCUCAGAAUCAAUCUUCUACAUAGAGAUGCGACUGCCCGGAUGGAUAAACAGCCGCAUAUCAUCGACGAUAUUUACGACAUAAAUGGAGAGGAGAACAAACUAGCAUGGCCACUUAAUAUGCCACCUAAGGAACCCGUAAUUAUAGUACCGAAUCAGCGCCAGAGUACCAGUAGCCCUCUUACUUCUAAAUCCUCUACUCCCGUGCCCCCUACACUCGAAUCUCCCAUCAUCAUCCCCCUAGGAACGACAUCAAAGGACACGCUCGAAUCGUCGGCGUCUCCUCUGCCAUCACCCGAGGCUCUCGUUGUGAAGACGGAUCCCGAGCUGUGUCAGAUCCCGCCCUACAAGAAACUUCCUUCCCGCGGGGACUCUGUUCAAAAGCGCAUCGCAAAACUUCAAGCUGAUCCAUGGAGCGAUGCGUCGAAACUGACUGCGAAAAGCGUGUUUUGUAUAGGGUGUCAGAAAAGUGUUUGUUUGGACAAACGUUUUGAUUACUAUCCCGGCUUCUGGGAGACGCAUAAACGGAGAUGUCCGUUCGUGCAGAACGGGACGCCUAAGCAAGACGAGACAGUCACUGUCAUUGAGCAGGCCAACUCAACUUGA